UAACCUAUAUAAUAUUUUGCAAAUACUUAAUAUUUGUUAUUAUUAAUCUAUCAAAUGAAAAUCGAUAUACUUUUUUUUAUUAUAUAUAUAUGUUAUUCGUUUAUUAUUAUUUAAAUAUAGAAAAUAUAAAAAUAUAGAAAAAAUAUGUGAGUGAUAUAACAACAUACUGCUUAAUUGUUUUUACUUUUUAAUAAUUAUUCAUAAGUAAGUAUUAUAUGUUGCUUUCUUUGAUAUAUAUAUAUUGUUAAAUUAAAGAGAAACAGGAAGACGAGUAUAAAUAUUAUCAAAGUCAAGCAAAACCAUAUUUGAAACAGAACAAGCAACCUGAGCAAGCUCACUUAAAUACCAUAAUGAAAGUUGAUAUGAUUCAGGAUAAAUCAAAGGAUGAGAUUGUAAACAUUUGGAAAGAUUAUCAUAAAGAUAAAGAUUACAUAUGUGGUAUAUUAACACCAGAGCAAUUUGAUAAAAUGUUCGAACGUGGGAAGCAUCAUACAACAUUUUUGUUGCCAUUACCUAGGAAACAAGGAUAUGAGUUUAUUGUUAGUCAAUUCUAUGGAUUAGAGAUCCAUAUGACACCACUUUUGUGGUAUCAAGCGCAUAAAGAGAAUGCACCAGAAUGUCUAACUUUGGUUCAUUAUACAGAAUUAAGAGAUGAUAAAGGAAUUAUUCUUAUGCGCGGCGAAUUUGAUAAAAAAUGCAUUAACGUGCAAGAAGCACAGUGUUUAGUGAAUGAAUUACAAUUAUAUUAUUGUACAGACAAUACAAAGAGAUUACAACUAUUGGAAACUUUUACUAAUAAGCCUGAUGAAUUUAAGUAUAUGGAUCUUGUAGCACAGUUAGAAUCAAUACAAUUGGAAUUACAAUAAUUGAAUAUUUGCAUAUAAAAUUUAUUGUAAUUAUAUUUUAUUUGAUACUGUGGAUAUACAGAAUUUGUAUAUAGUGCUCCGAAAAUAAAUGAUGAAGUAAAAUA